AUGGAAGGCGAGGCACCGACCGAACGUAAAUCUCGCAAAUCCGUUGCUUUCACCGACGAACAGGUCGUAGUAGACGCUGACGGUUCCGUUACCAUGGUUAACGCUACCGAAGAACCCAAGGAUUCGGCUCAGUCCCACACGCCUCCUGCUGAGGAUCUCCCCCCAGCUGAGGAUGGUGGCCUUGACCUUUCUCUUAUGAAGAAGAAGAAGAAGAAGUCAAAGAAGGUCGAGGAUGAUGCCGACGCCGCCCCCGCCGACGAUGCUGCCCCGGCCGAAGAUGGAGGUCUCGACCUGACCUUGAAGAAGAAGAAGAAGAAGCCCAAGGCUGCCAAGGAUGACGAUUUCACCAAGCAGCUUGAGAAGCUUGAGUUGCAGGAGGGCGCUGAGGAGGCCGAGGAGGAUCCUCAGGAGCAGGAGGGUGACAUGCACGAGGGAACUGGUAUCUGGGCUCACGACGAAACCAAGACCAUUGGCUACACCAUGCUCCUUUCUCGAUUCUUCAGCGAGCUCACCCAGAGGAACCCCGAUCACGUUAUGACCGGAACAAAGAGCUACAAGAUCCCCCCACCUCAGUGUAUGCGAGAAGGCAACCGAAAAACUGUUUUCGCCAACAUUGCCGAUAUCUGCAAGCGCAUGAAGAGAACCGAGGAGCACGUCACUGCUUAUCUGUUUGCUGAGUUGGGUACCAGCGGUUCCGUCGACGGUAGCCGAAGACUGGUUAUCAAGGGUCGUUUCCAACAGAAGCAGAUCGAGAACGUUGUCCGAAAAUACAUCAUCGAGUACGUCACUUGCAAGACCUGCAAAUCUCCCGAUACCGAGCUCAACAAGGGUGAGAACCGUCUGUACUUCAUCACUUGCAACAACUGUGCCUCUCGACGAAGUGUCACUGCUAUCAAGACUGGUUUCUCCGCCCAAGUCGGCAAGCGAAGAAAGAUGCAAGGUUAA